GAGAACGUGGAGGCCGCCUGGGUGGGGAGUCUCUGGAGAAGACUCUGUGGCCACGGGCGCCUGCAGCGUGUGAGGGAGACCCCGUCAUCUCAGCCAGACCCUCCCAUCUCUUAAGGCCGCCUCCCAGGCUGGGCUUGGGGCUCCCAUCUGCUGCCACACGAGCCAUGAAGAAGCGGUUCCUGCUGCUGGGCCUGUUGGCCGUGGUCCUGGUGCUGGUCAUCGUCGGCCUCUGCCUCUGGCUGCCCUCAACCUCCAGGGAAGCUGACCGCCAUGUGUACCCCAGGGCAGCCGUGGCCGCGGAUGCCAAGCGCUGCUCAGAGAUUGGGAGGGACAUGCUGCAGGACGGCGGCUCGGCGGUGGACGCGGCCAUCGCGGCCCUGCUGUGCGUGGGGCUCAUGAACGCCCACAGCAUGGGCAUCGGGGGUGGCCUGUUCCUCACCAUCUACGACAGCAGCACACGAAAGGCUGAGGUCAUCAAUGCCCGAGAGGUGGCCCCCGGGCUGGCCUCCUCCAGCAUGUUCAACAGCUCGGAGCAGUCUCAGGAUGGCGGGCUGUCGGUGGCCGUUCCCGGGGAGAUCCGCGGCUACGAGCUGGCGCAUCGGCGCCACGGACGGCUGCCCUGGGCUCGCCUCUUCCAGCCCAGCAUCCAGUUGGCCCGCCAGGGCUUCCCCGUGGGCAAGGCCUUGGCCGCGGCCCUGAACAGCAAGCGGGCCGCCAUAGAGACGCAGCCUGUCCUGUGCGAGGUGUUCUGCCGGGACGGGAAGGUGCUCCGGGAGGGGGAGACGCUGACCCUGCCGCGGCUGGCCGACACGUACGAGACGCUGGCCCGCGAGGGCGCCCAGGCUUUCUACAACGGGAGUCUCACGGCACAGAUCGUGAAGGACAUCCAGGCAGCUGGGGGCAUUGUGACGGCCAAGGACCUGAACAACUACCGCGCUGAGCUGAUCGAGCACCCGGUGAACAUCAGCCUCGGGGACACAGUCCUCUACGUGCCCAGCGCGCCGCUCAGCGGGCCCGUGCUGGCACUCAUCCUCAACAUCCUCAAAGGGUACAACUUCUCCCGGGAGAGCGUGCAGACACCUGAGCGGAAGGGCCUCACCUACCACCGCAUUGUGGAGGCCUUCCGGUUUGCCUACGCCAAGAGGACCCUGCUGGGGGACCCCAAGUUUGUCGAUGUGACUAAGGUGGUUCUCAACAUGACCUCUGAGUUCUUUGCGGCCCAGCUCCGGGCCCGGAUCUCCGAUGACACCACGCACCCGACCUCCUACUACGAGCCUGAGUUCUACACGCCCAACGAUGGGGGCACCGCCCACCUGUCUGUCGUUGCGGAGGACGGCAGUGCUGUAUCUGCCACCAGCACCAUCAACCUCUACUUUGGCUCCAAGGUGCGCUCCCCGGUCAGCGGGAUCCUGUUCAACGAUGAGAUGGACGACUUCAGCUCUCCCAACAUCAUCAACCAGUUUGGGGUUCCUCCUUCGCCUGCCAAUUUCAUCAAGCCAGGGAAGCAGCCACUCUCGUCCAUGUGCCCGACUAUCAUGGUGGGCCGGGAUGGCCACGUCCGGAUGGUGGUGGGAGCCUCUGGGGGCACGCAUAUCACCACGGCCACCGCACUGGCCAUCAUCCACAACCUGUGGUUCGGCUACGACGUGAAGCGGGCCGUGGAGGAGCCCCGGCUGCACAACCAGCUUUUGCCCAACAUCACGACACUGGAGAGAGACAUUGACCAGGCAGUGGUUGCGGCCCUGAAGACCCGGCACCACCAAACCCAGGUCACCCCCACCUUCAUCGCUGUGGUGCAAGCCAUCGUCCGCACGGCUGGUGGCUGGGCAGCCGCCUCGGACUCCAGGAAAGGCGGAGAGCCUGCCGGCUACUGAGUGCUCAGGGCGACAAGCAGACCAGCAACCCGGGGACCAGAUGCUCUCCAGCCCGGGGGGGAAGCCCUGUGGGACAUGCUCCCCUGCGGGUGGAGGGGCAGGGCAAUAAAUGGGGGCCACUGUGCCAGGCUCUGGGCAGCCUUCAUGGCCGGGGUCCC